UGAGGGCAGAGAAGCCGAGUGCGGCUGGGGAAUGAUGGCUGAGGAAGAGGAAGAAGCUAAGCACAUCUUGCAGAAAUUACAGGAACUGGUGGAUCAGCUCUAUUCAUUUCGAGAUAGCUAUUUUGAGACACAUAGUGUUGAGGAUGCUGGGCGGAAGCAACAGGAUGUACGGGAGGAGAUGGAGAAGACCCUGCAGCAGAUGGAGGAAUUGGGUUCUGUCCAGGGCAAGGCACAGGCUCUGAUGCUAACAGGGAAGGCACUGAAUGUGACUCCUGACUAUAGCCCUAAGGCUGAGGAGCUUCUGUCAAAGGCUGUGAAGCUGGAACCUGAGCUGGUGGAAGCCUGGAACCAGCUGGGUGAGGUCUACUGGAAGAAAGGGGAUGUUGCAGCUGCCCACACCUGCUUCUCAGGAGCCCUCACCCAUUGCAAGAACAAAGUCUCCCUGCAAAACCUGUCAAUGGUGCUUCGCCAGUUGCGGACUGACACAGGAGAUGAACAUUCUAACCAUGUCAUGGACAGUGUUCGGCAAGCUAAGUUGGCUGUGCAGAUGGAUGUCCUCGAUGGCCGCUCCUGGUAUAUUCUGGGGAAUGCAUACCUUUCUUUAUACUUCAAUACUGGCCAGAACCCUAAGAUCUCCCAACAAGCCCUCAGUGCCUAUGCCCAAGCAGAGAAGGUUGACGGGAAAGCUUCUAGCAAUCCUGACCUUCAUCUGAACAGGGCAACGUUACAUAAAUAUGAAGAGAGUUAUGGAGAGGCCCUGGAGGGCUUUUCUCGGGCUGCAGCACUAGACCCUGCCUGGCCAGAGCCCCAGCAACGAGAGCAACAACUCCUGGAAUUCCUUAAUAGAUUAACCAUCCUCCUGGAAAGCAAGGGAAAGAUGAAGGUGAAAAAGCUACAGAGCAUGCUGGGAAACUUGCGUCCUGCCCACCUAGGCCCCUGUGGUGAUGGUCGCUAUCAAUCAGCCUCUGGGCAGAAGGUGACCCUGCAGCUCAAGCCUCUGAGUGAGCUGAAGCCUGGUGUAAAUAGUGGUGCUGUGGUCCUGGGAAAGGUGGUGUUUAGCCUAACCACAGAGGAGAAAGUCCCCUUUACAUUUGGCCUAGUAGAUUCAGAUGGACCUUGCUAUGCGGUGAUGGUGUAUAAUAUGGUGCAGAGCUGGGGAGUGCUCAUUGGGGACUCCGUAGCCAUCCCUGAGCCUAACUUGCGGCUUCACCAAAUUCAGCACAAAGGAAAGGACUAUUCCUUUUCCAGUAUUCGUGUGGAGACUCCCCUCCUGCUGGUGGUGAAUGGAAAGCCUCAGGGUUCCAGCAGCCAGGCUGCUGCCACAGUGGCCUCUCGACCGCAGUGUGAAUGACCUCUCCUGACUUGCAUGCUGAAGAGGGAGUGGAGGCGAGGAUAUAUGCUCAAGGCACUCGGCCACUGGACCAGCCACAUCCAAUGACUCUGAGGGGUUUGGGGAGGGAGUAUUUUAAAUGAAGACUUUCCCUUUUCCUGCCCAAUAAGAUAUUUUGUGUCUCCUUUUUUUUUCUCCCAUCAUGUUCCAGCUCAGAGCCACAUAGUCUCAUGAUAUAUCUCUCCUGYCUUUUUUAACUUUUUGACUGCUGUUUUAAGCAAAGAGCUUAGAAUUGGUAGAAGUGUUAGAAUCUUGCCAUGGGACAGGGUCCCCAAGGUUCCUGUUUUUUGUCUCCGUCCUGAGUCUAAUAUGUAUAUAUCAGUUCAGUAUUUAUUGCUAAGGGGAGGGGUGCUUAACUUUUUAAUGGCUUGAUUUUUGAGCAUUUUUUAAGAUUUAAGUUCUUCCCCUUAUUUGGGGCUGGAACAAAAUUAAACUUGUUU